AUGAGUCUGAGUAAUUCCACAUGGACUGAGAAGUACCGGCCGUCCAGCCUGGAAAGCAUGGCCCUGCCUGCGGAGAUAAGAGACUUUUUCUCUUCUCUUCUUUCUGGGAGACACGCACUCCCCAACAUAAUACUGCACGGUCCUCCUGGCAGCGGGAAGACCACGCUUGCGCUGAUUCUUGCAAAUUCUCUCUCAAGGAAGGAGAGCAUACUGGAGCUGAAUGCCUCGAGUGAUCGAGAAAUAUCCGCAAUCCGAGGGAAAAUAAAGACAUUUGCAGCGGCCAAGUCGCACAGCGGAGAAGUGAAGAUCAUCAUCAUGGACGAGUGCGAUUAUCUGACAACGGAUGCACAGCACUGUCUCAGAAGAAUCAUAGAAGACACCCACAAGAACACGCGUUUCGUAUUUAUAACGAACUACAUUAACAAAGUCAUAGACCCCAUCAAGAGCAGACUCGUUCCUCUGCACAUCCCGUGGACAGGGAGCAGUGAGAGUGUAAAUAUUCUUAGCAGAAUAAAAGAAAAAGAAAAGCUGAACAUUACCCGCGAAGACAUUGAGUACAUUCUUGAAAUAACAGAAGGAGACAUGAGGAGAUCGCUGGUUCUUCUGCAGACAGUGGGCGCAUGCAAAGUAGCACCGGGUGAGCACAGGAAUAUCAUAGCAGAGAUCGCAGGCAUAGUGCCCAAUGACAUUUUGAAGUCAGUUAUAUCUGUGCAAACCGUACCUGAAAUAGUAGAACUGUCAAACAAAAUAUCCAGGGAGGGAUAUUCAGCACUGGAUGUUGUUCAAGGACUAUCUAAAUAUCUGGUGCAAAUGGAGCCAAUUACUAAGCCAAUGCAGAGACUGUUUGUGACGCUGGCAAACUGCGAAGAGGAAAUUAUGUGCGGAGGCAAUGACACAGUCUAUCUGUCCCGCAUAAUAGCCAGUGCAGCUAAUAUUUUACAUCCACAGGGUAUUAAUUAA